GCUCUCUCAAGCCAUAUUAUAGGUCUGUCUACCCUAUCCUCGCCCACCUUACUAGAGCACAACACCAUAAAGAUAAUGUAUGCAUCACUCAAAUUCGGAAACAUCUGUAACCAUACCUAUUCCUUCUGAAUAACAAAGAGGGAGACAUGGCGUUUAUUUUCUAGACCUAGUUCCGAUAUUUUUGUGUCUUUUGUUGAAAAUGAACUGUGGGAUUUCCGCAAUGUGUACCAAGCUUCUGCUGCAACAUGUCAAAGGCAAAGCGAUGAAUGCGUGGCUGUUGCUAGCUCUUCUCGGAGUCUGUGUGGCGUCAUUUGGGCCCAGUACAAAGGAGGAUGAGGACUAUGAAGACGUCCCCAUAAAUAAGACCUGGGUUUUAUCGCCCAAGGUCUAUGAGAGCGAUGUCACCUUGAUCUUAAAUAGAUUGCUGCAGGGCUAUGACAACAAACUCCGUCCUGACAUUGGAGUUAGGCCUACAGUGAUUGAGACAGCGGUGUAUGUCAACAGCAUCGGACCAGUCGAUCCUAUCAACAUGGAGUACACCAUAGACAUCUUCUUUGCCCAGACGUGGUAUGACAGUCGCCUUAAGUUCAACAGCUCCAUGAAAGUCCUGAUGCUCAACAGUAACAUGGUGGGAAAGAUCUGGAUUCCUGACACCUUCUUCCGGAAUUCUAGAAAGUCUGACGCCCACUGGAUCACCACUCCGAACCGUCUGCUGCGACUGUGGAACAAUGGGAGAGUGAUGUACACGCUGAGGUUGACUAUUAAUGCGGAAUGCUACCUUAAGCUGCAUAACUUUCCUAUGGACGAGCACUCGUGUCCGCUGGAGUUUUCGAGCUAUGGCUAUCCUAAAAAUGAGAUUCUGUACCGUUGGCAAAAGCGUUCCGUGGAAGUGGCCGACCAAAGGUACUGGAGACUCUACCAGUUUGCGUUCGUCGGUUUACGAAACACAUCAGAUGUGGCGCAUACACAGUCAGGUGAAUAUGUCAUCUUGACAAUAUUUUUUGACCUGAGUCGGCGAAUGGGCUACUUCACUAUUCAGACGUACAUCCCCUGCAGCAUGAUUGUGGUGCUGUCAUGGGUCUCUUUCUGGAUCAAUAAAGAUGCUGUCCCUGCCAGAACCUCCUUAGGAAUCACCACGGUGCUUACCAUGACAACGCUGAGCACCAUCUCCAGGAAGUCGCUUCCCAAGGUAUCCUAUGUGACAGCCAUGGACCUGUUUGUGUCUGUCUGCUUCAUCUUCACGUUUGCUGCUCUGAUGGAAUAUGGGACUCUACACUACUUCACCAGCAACAGGCAGAGCAAGAAGGAUACGGACAAAAAACCACAGAAAUCCAGCAGCUUGGUGAACAUUAGGCCAGGGACGUCACUGCUCCAGAUGAAUAACAUCGCCCCCUACCAAGACGAGGAUGAUUACGCCUACGAGUGUCUGGAUGGGAAGGACUGCACCAGCUUCUUCUGCUGCUUCGACGACUGUCGCUCCGGAGCAUGGCGCGAAAACCGGAUGCAUGUCCGAGUUUCAAAGAUCGAUUCCUACUCACGAAUAUUCUUCCCCACUGCCUUCGGCCUUUUCAACCUGGUCUACUGGAUCGGGUAUUUGUACUUAUAAAUCUAGUCUAGAAAAGAGGAGAAAUAGCCUUUUACUUCAGAGAAAACAGGUCAAAAUAUUUGUUUACUCUCUUUACUUGCUAUUCUUGGCACUGUUGAGGAUAAGAUGGAAGGGGGGUGGGUGUACUGCUUUGAAAUUUAAAGCCAGGGUAUGAAUGGGUAAAAUAGCUUCUUCUCACCAAUAUUUGAACAGCUCCCUAUGUUUGUAUCUGUACUAUUUUUCUAGGUGUUGGCUCACAGAUGAAGGCAGCAGGGUCAGAACAGGGCGAGACUCUGGGUCAUACCCACCAGCAAUUGCAUGAUGUUAGGUUCCUAACCUCUAUGGAUUUAAGGAAUUUUAUAAAAUGGGUUGUUUGGAUGCUAGAUGCUAGUUGGGUGAUAGCAGGGAGUUAUUCAUCACAAUCCCUGGGAAAUGCCUGUUAACAGUUUAAUUUGAAUUAUCAAUGCGCAUCCACUGUCCCACAGUCCAGCCAGGCAAUUUAUAAAAAUGUAUAAACUCCCCUGGGAAAAAGUAUGUAGACAUUUUUUCCCCAAGCUACUAGGCUAGCAUUUGGUUUGUAACAGUUAGGGUUUGUUUAGACUCUAAACCUUGCUGCCUGCCUCUCUGACCUGUGCAACAAUGUUGCAGUUUAUUUUGCGAUCUGCACGGUGCCAUAGAGAGAAUGAACGUGAUGAGACUGACAGCUUCUCUGAGUUAGGCACAUUCAUUUAUUAGGAUCAUUGUAAUUGAUAUAUCAAAAUAAAUGGCAAAAGAAACCAAGGUGAAACAAACGGGAAAUUCAAAAAGUUUGCUGUCAUUUCAGCUGCUUUAAUGUGAUUGUGUGUUAACUUUACUAGUAGCUAGACUGCAUGGCAACCUUUUUUAGCUUAGAACAUUUGAAAUGGGCGACCAGCUCGUUUGUCUAGCAACUUCAGAAUCUCAGAACUAACAAUUGGCUAUUGCUUGGACUAUGUCCUCUGGUGGAAGGAUGAAAUAAAACAAAUGUAAUAAUUCAAAUAAAGUUUUUAACUAAAACGUAAUUUCUCUUUAAAAAUUAAAAAUGUUAAUAAAAGUAAUAAGGCCCUCGAACCUGGGAAUUAUUUUAAAUAACACCCUCCUGAUGGCUGUUUCCCCGGCCCGCCGCUCCACGUUGGGCCUUAGAACAGCCCUUAGUCGAAAACUAUUCACACGAUCAUUUGCAAGCCUUAUUGCUUAAUUGAUACACAAAGGUUGUGUUUUACAACAGCCUGGUUUUGUAACCUGUAACUUAUUCGAAAUUGCAAAAUCUAUUUGAAUAUAUAAAUAUACAUCAAAUAAAGUAUGCCUAUGCGAAAAAAAUAAACAGGCCUACAUUUCCCCCUUCAAUAAUUAUAUCUGACGUCAUGUUUUCUGUGCCACAUUUUUACUGUAAGCAAAAUAAAUACAACAUUUCCACCAGAGAUCGAUUCAACACAAUUUAGUUCCAUACUUAUUGAGGCAGUUCAUCAUUUGAGGUCUGAAAUAAUCAUUAGGCAUUACUUAGGCUUAGCUCCUGUAUUGACACAAAGUCAGUAAAGCAAGAAAUUAAUAGCACGUAUUUUCAUAUUAUUAUAUUCUAAUGACACAUAUUAUAUCUCCUUCUUGAUGUGAUUCCCCCAAAUUGGCAGCUGUAAAUAGCCUUCAUCAUUAUCAUAUAUAAAAGCAGCAAAAAAAGCAAGACAAGAAAAUCUACUUUUCAUUUGGCUACAUUGAAACUAGAACAAAGCUUUCCAUCACUACUCUAGGUUUAUAACCAGAGGCGGAUUGUGCUGCAAUUGUAUCAAAUUUGAUUAGCGAUGCAUAGUUAAUAAAGACAUAUUAGACUAAUUUAAACCAUAUUUAUACAACAUAGACUAACUGAAUAAUAUUCAUGCAGCUCCCAAACCCUUGACUUAUUUUGCUUGACAAGGGCGCAGUACUUACACUUUAUAAAAUGUAGCUGUGGAUAUAAUCUUCUAAGCAUAUUUUAGCUGAAGCAAUAGCAGACAUGAAUAUCUUUACUAAUAACAGCGAGAAGGGUGACUACAUUUUUGAUAAAUAGAGCAAAACUCUUAUAGUGCUUUAUUCCACACAAAACCAAAGAAACUGUUGAUAAUGACUUUGUAGCAUAAGUGUGUUUAAUGUUAUAUUCAAGAUCAAUGCGAUUCACAGUACCCCGAUGUUUGGGCGAUACUUAAGAGAAAAAGUCAAGAAGAAUGAAUUACCAAGCCUGAAAUGGACCUUACAAAUUUGAAAGUCCAGUGAUUAACGAGGGGAAAAUGACUUUAGUUUUAAUUUGAGUUAAUUUACAUAUGCAAGGUUACCCCAUAGAGUUUGCCCACAUCCGGUCCAAUUACAAGAAAAAACAAUUAUUUGAUUUACUGUAAAGAUAAUAUAGGUGAGGCAAGUUGGUUAUACACUCAGUGAAGAUGGGAGUAUUUCCAUUACAAAGAAAUUACGCUUUUUAUGCUGACUCUUGUAGGAUUCUCUCUCAUUCAUUUAUCACAACUCCUUUGAAACUGCAGCUGUACUGUAUAAAACAUGGUAAAAUUGGAAAUUCAGUCAAUGAAAGUCAACAAGGGGAGUAAAUUGUGGAGAUAAACCUUCUGAACCUCGUUUAUAGCCAUAAUAAUAGCGUUGAAUAUCUUUGAUAAUGUCAUACUCCUGGUUAUCCUCCAUUUUACAAAAUACAUUUGUAGAUGUGAUGCUUGCUGAACAUGUUAACUCUGCCUAUAAAGCUUUAAAUGUGAUGUGUUUACUUGUUUACUGAUGUGAAGAGAAUAUGAUUAUUACACUACAAGAAUGGAUUGCGUUUAUAUAGUGCUUUUUCACCAGCUUUUAAGGCACUUUGUAUUGUAAUGUCGUAACUAAGCUCAUGCACCACAAGUGAGGUGACACACAGCAGCAAUAUUGUUCAGAGCACUGUAUCAAUAAGAAGUGAUUGCAGUGGAAACGUGAGGAGAUUAGAUGAGAUCAGAUGAUUCCCCUCCUUUUGGGUCUCGAAAACGUAAUUUACCUCCCAGCUAUAAGAUACUAUUGUUGCAUUGUCCUUAAUGUAUUUGAAAAUUAAAAAAUGGAUAUAUAUAUAUAUGCUAUAUUUUUUUCCAUCAUGACAGCCUCAAAGACAUUAAUAUGAUAAUACUGUGUUAACAUGCAUAUUGUUUGUGUUUGUUCUCUAUAACACUGACGGACAUGGAAACCAUUAUGUCAUUUAUGUUUUGUCAUUGACAUCCUCUCUCUAUACCGUUCAAACAUAGGCAUAAUUAAUCCUGUCUUUCACCUUUGUACAAUGCGCCAUUCCUUCCAAAUGAUUCUGUGUUGUUAUGUGAAAACGAACUCAAUACACUGUGAGAGAAUAAAACAGUGCCUGAAAAAAACAUAAGUAUCUUCCUCUUGAAGUACUUUUUCUUCAAUAUUGGUUUUGGAAAUAAAAUUGAUCUGAAAUGCAUUCUGACUAAUGUGCAUGUACAGUGGUGUCUGAAAUUACUGACACCCUUGAGAUUUUGUUUAACAAGUUUUCUCAAAUUCUUGACACCCCUGUCAAUUCUUAGAAAUAAGUCAAAAGUAUAGUAUUUGGUCCCAUAUACUUAGUAUUUGGUCCAACUACAUCAAGCUUGUGACUCUACAAA